GGAAGAACCCUAACUCUUCGUUUCGUCGAUUCCUUCCCUAAUACAAGCAAAACACCAAUCUUCAAUCUCAAUCCAUGGCGGAAUCUAGCGAUGUCUGCAAUUUCUUCCGCAAGCCCCCAAGGCAAAAGAACAUCCGCAAGCGAAAAGCUUACUCCGAUGAAGAAAAUGACUCCGGCGAUGACGCUCCGUCCUCCGGUCCCGUUACUAUGAAAGCUAAGAAGUUUGCUGACAAUAAACUUUCCUUCUCUUCGUCCUCCUCCAAGCCCUCUUCCAAAGCCUCCGAUGAGUACGGCACUACUGAUAACCCUGACAAGGACGCAGGCGGGAUCCAGGCUGGCGCCCUGUUCCAGUUCGAUUCGUCCAAGGAGAUCCAGGUCCAGCACGACAGCCGCGCCACCGCAUCGCUCGAGACGGAGACCGAGUUCUCCAAGGACGCCCGCGCCAUCCGCGAGAGGGUGCUGAAGAGGGCGGAGGAGGGUCUCAAGGGCAAGUCCAAGCCUGGCGGAGGGGGCGAUGAAAAGGUAUACAAGGGGAUCCACGGGUACACCGAUUACAAAGCAGGGUUCAGGAGAGAACAGACAGUGGCAGGUGAGAAAGCAGGCGGUGCCCAUGGGCCACUGAGGGCAUCCGCACACAUCCGGUUAUCGGCUAGGUUUGAUUACCAGCCUGACAUCUGUAAGGACUAUAAGGAGACUGGGUAUUGUGGGUAUGGUGAUUCCUGUAAGUUUAUGCACGAUAGAGGGGAUUAUAAAUCAGGGUGGCAACUGGAGAAGGAGUGGGAUGAGGCUGAGAAGGCAAGAAAAAAGAGACUCGCAGGAAGCAGUAGAGGAGACGACGAUGAGGCUGAUCAUGAGGAUGGCAAUGACGACGAUGAUGACGAAGAAAUCCUUCCUUUUGCCUGUUUUAUAUGCAGACAACCUUUCGAGGAUCCGGUAGUGACCAAAUGCAAACACUUCUUCUGUGAACAUUGUGCUCUAAAGCAUCAUGCAAAGAAUAAGAAGUGUUUCGUCUGCAACAAACCAACACUUGGCAUCUUCAAUACAGCACAUGAGAUUCGGAAAAGGAUGGCUGAAAGUAAAUAAGAGGAACUGACAAUGAUGCAUGUCAAACCAGAGGCUACGUAGAAAAUUUCAGCAUUUGGUAGAAAAAUUAUUCUUCCUGGAACUAUUAGGCACACUUAUUAGUGCUGUUGCUCAUCUGUUAGUUUGAUAAGCUGGGUUAUGGAAAACUGAAAGUUGAACUUCAUGUGGAAACGAGGUCAGAGAUAUCAUCAUAGGCAUCUAAAUGAGUAUGUUCACAACUUGGCAAAAACUAGAUGGAUUUUUCAUGAUUAUGAAGUUCCUUUGUUUCCCAGCCUAAUGUAUGUGUGCAACUACAUUGAUGUAUCAAUGAAGCAUAGUCCUUUUGUACCAGAUUAAAAAAAAAUUAAAUUUUCUUUCAGAGCUUUGUGUCAUCUUCCUUAUGUUCUUAAAGACCCUUCAUCUCCGUGUGGAUAUCGGUGUUUCUAGUGCAGCUGAAAGAUGAAUGGCCCACUGACAUCCGUGGCGCUGUCAAUGGUGUAGUGUGGCAUUCAAAGUCAAACUGAGUUUGCUGUUUUAUCACAAUGGUGUAGUGUGGCAUUCUUAAGAUAUUUAUUUCAGGACCUACUAUUUUUCUUGAAUAAAACAAUAUGUAAUAUUUUCUUGUGCA